CGCUUCAAGAGCCUGCGCACGCCCUUCUACCGCGGGGCGGACUGCUGCCUGCUCACCUUCGCUGUGGACGACCUGCAGAGCUUCCAGAACCUGGGCUGCUGGAAGAAGGAGUUCAUGUAUUACUCAGACGUACGAGACCCGGAGAGCUUCCCCUUUGUGGUGCUGGGAAACAAGGUGGACAAGGAGGAGCGGGAGGUCGGCGAGGAUGAGGCCCGGGCUUGGUGUGAGGAAAACGGCUGCUGUCCGUACUUCGAGACCAGCGCCAAGGAUGACACGAACGUGGGGGCCACUUUCGAGGCUGCUGUCCGGGAAGUUCUGGCCAGCGAGGACCCCAUCGACCACACCCUGCUGAGCAGC